UAGGCGGGAGCUGCUCUUGGCUUUACCGAGUGGGUGUCCCGACAGCUCUGAGCCAGCGCGGGAUUCAGACCCCCGUGCCGCCCGGCGCCCCCUAAACGCUGCGGCGGUUACAGCGAGUGUUGGCUCCCGCCGUCCCUGCACCUUCCGGACUAGGUGUCCAGACAGCUUUGAGCCAGGGUGCGCCCGUGAACCAAAAGUGAUGGCUACAAUGGAAGGAAUCAAUAAUUUCAAGACGCCAAACAAAUUAUCUGAAAAAAGAAAAUCUGUAUUAUGUUCAACUCCAUGUAUAAAUAUCCCUGCCUCUCCAUUUAUGAAAAAACUUGGCUUUGGGACAGGGGUCAACGUGUACCUAAUGAAAAGGUCUCCAAGAGGGUUGUCUCACUCUCCUUGGGCCGUGAAAAAGAUAAAUCCAUUAUGUACCGAUCAUUAUCGAACUGUAUAUCAGAAGAGACUAACUGAUGAAGCUAAGAUUUUAAAAAAUCUGAAUCAUCCAAACAUUAUAGGGUAUCGUGCUUUUACUGAAGCCAGUGAUGGUAGUCUGUGCCUUGCUAUGGAAUAUGGAGGUGAGAAGUCUCUGAAUGACCUAAUAGAAGAACGGAACAAAGACAGUGGAAGUCCUUUUCCAGCAGCUGUAAUUCUCAGAGUUGCUCUGCACAUGGCGAGAGGGCUAAAGUAUCUGCAUCAAGAAAAGAAGCUGCUUCAUGGAGAUUUAAAAUCUUCAAACGUUGUAAUUAAAGGUGAUUUUGAAACAAUUAAAAUCUGUGAUGUAGGAGUCUCUCUGCCAUUGGAUGAGAAUAUGACUGUGACUGAUCCUGAGGCCUGUUAUAUUGGUACUGAGCCAUGGAAACCCAAGGAAGCGUUGGAGGAAAAUGGCAUUAUUACUGACAAGUCAGAUAUAUUUGCUUUUGGCCUUACUCUGUGGGAAAUGAUGACUUUAUGUAUUCCACACAUCAAUCUUCCAGAUGAAGAAGAUGAUGAUGAAGAUACAACCUUUGAUGAGAGUGACUUUGAUGAUGAAGCGUACUAUGCAGCUCUGGGGACCAGGCCGUCCAUCAACAUGGAAGAAUUGGAUGAAUCCUACCAGAAGGUCAUUGAACUCUUCUCUGUGUGUACUAAUGAGGAUCCUAAAGAUCGCCCGUCUGCUGCACACAUUGUUGACGCUUUGGAACUGGAUGGCCAAUGAUGCUGUUUUGUGGCAUAGUGUGUAUGGGUACUGUUAGCUCAGAUGCAUUUAUUUAGUUAUUAUGACCUAUAGUGGCUAGACUCUGGAAGCGGUUUAUCUUGGGACCACUGUAUAUAGUUAACAUUUGCAUAAUUUUCUGACAUGUUGCAUUUUUAGAUUGUAAGCAUUUAUUAUACUGGAUAGUCUGUGGUAACUCUCCAAGUACCUAGAUACUGCCCCUACUGAUUUAAAACACUAGUGAGCCAUGUCUGAGGUGACUUAGAUCUUUUUAGGCAUUCUUUUCUUUAAUGGUUUACUAAAUUUCACUAUAAACAGUACAAAGUUAAUGUACAGCUGCUCACAGUGUCCUAUUGGCCCAUCUGCUCCAGAACUCGAAAAGCAUGUGUAUGGUUCAGAAGAGUAGCUCCUAUGGUGUUUCAGACCCUGGUUACAGCUGUCUUGCAUCUCCACAUUUUAGUUGUCUAAUUUAUGGAAUAUAUUUUUGUGCUAAUAUUUACUUUUUACUGACUGUAUCCUAAGUCUUCUAAAGUUGUAAGACUAACCAAACAAUAAAGAGCAGUUUCAGUACUAGGCAUGUCAGCAUUAUCUUUUCUUGUUGCUGUGUUGCCAUUGGA